UGUGGGCCUUGGCAGGGGGCACGCGGCGUUUGUUUAAGCAUGACGUCACUGACAACCUUUAUUCAUCGUCACACUUCCUCCAAGAUGGCGUAGUGCUCCUCAAUAGUGGUAGUACAUAUAUUUAUAUUUAAAAGCAUUGUCCAAGUAGGCUUACCUAAAUUAACCAAGAGUGCUGCUUAAACGGGAACACUUAUAUCGUUUGUUUAUACUCAUAAUACUGCCGGCUUCGUUUGACGCAGCAUGUCGACAGAAGAGCUAUCAGCCUCAGACAGCGAAGCGGCACUGGCCGGUGCCGGCGAGCGGUGGGCGCCGGUGGGAGCCGUAGCCAGCCCCGAAGACGAGGACCCGGGGGAACGGGAGCCGGGGCCGGAGCCGGCCCGGAAAGGCUCCGCAUCCACGGGCGUCGCGGAGAUGGCGACGAGGCUGCGGAAGCUGGAGGAAGAGCAGGAUCAGCUGAACUCGUCGCUGCUGGCGCUCACGUCGCAUUUCGCCCAGGUGCAGUUCAGGCUGAAGCAGAUCGUGCACGCGCAGAGCGAGGAGAAGGAGAAGAUGCUGCUGGAGCUGGAGGAGUUCGCCUUCAGGGGCUGCCCCCACGUCCUGGGCUGCGGCGCGCGGGACGCCCAGCUGCUGGAGAACGCGGAGGGCCUGAGUGAGAGGGAGAAGAGGGAGCGUCUGGAGGCCCAGAGGAAGAAGCAGAAGGAGCUCAUCAUCCAGCUGAAGACUCAGCUGGACGACCUGGAGAGGUUUGCCUACCAGGAGGGCAGCUACGACUCCCUGCCCCAGUCGGUGGUCAUGGAGAGGCAGAAGGUGAUAAUUGACGAGCUGAUCAAGAAGCUUGAUGUAAACCUGAAUGAGGACAUCGGGAAUCUGAGCCCUGAAGAGCUGAGGCAGAGGGUGGAUGCCGCUAUCUCCCAGAUUGUAAACCCCGCCCGUGUCAAAGAGCAACUGGUGGACCAGCUCAAGACCCAGAUCCGGGACCUGGAGAUGUUCAUCAAUUUCAUACAAGAUGAGGUUGGAAAUCCCCUUCUAUCUGAGAACGAUCAGAACAGACCAGCCGGUUUAUCUGGUUCUAACGUGCGAGGCACGGCUGGAAGGAGAAAAGUGGACGCCGAGCAGGCCCAGAAGAUGCGGGACACGGGGCUGCAGCUGAUCCAGCGUGCUGUGGCGGUGCUGCAGAUCUUCGCCGUCAGUCAGUUCGGGUGUGCCGCCGGACACGUUCCCCAGAAGGUGUGGUCCCAGGGUGACGGAGGCCAGGACUACGGGUCCCUGGUGCAGCGUCUUGAGGCCGCUGUUGACCGGGUGCGGCAGCAAGCUCUCGGCAAGCCGCCCCCCGAAGAACAUGUGGUCAGUUACAACAGUGGCGCCCCCUGCGGGUCCCGCGACCAGCUGACAGUCACCGUCCGCAAGGAGCUGGCUUUGGCGCUACGUGACCUACUCGCCCACGGCCUCUACUCCCCGUCCCAAGGCAUGAGCCUGGUGCUGGCCCCCAUUGCCUGCUUGUUGCCUUUCAGCCCUGCUCCUCAGGAUUUGCACCCCUGGGAGCUCUUUGUCAAGUACUACCAUUCCAAAAACGGCCAAGCUUUUGUCGAAUCUCCGGCCCGGCAGCUCUCGCAGUCGUUCAGCUUGCCCGUCGGAGCUGGACCGGUGACCAUCACGCCCAAGCAGUCGCUGCUGUGGGCUGUGCACUCCGUGCUGCAGGAGCACCACCCCUAUAAGAGGAGCGCCGAUUCCGAGUUCAAGGCUCUGGUGUGCGUGGCGCUCAACGAGCAGCGGCUGGUCUCCUGGGUCAACCUCCUUUGUAAGUCCAGCACGUUGGUCAAUUCGCACUACCAGCCCUGGAGCUACAUGAUCCAGACGGGCUUCGAAGGCGCCCUCCGCAUCCUGGGCCGCCUCAGCCACCUGAAAUUCAGCCUUCCUGUGGACUUGGCUGUCCGACAGCUCAAAAACAUUAAAGAUGCAUUUUAAACUCAGACUGAUUUCUCUAAUCAGGGCAAGUGCAUCACUGGAAUGUUAAUCUUUAUGAACUCCCUUCCCUGCUGCAUAAAGGUGAAUGAACCCCAUUUUCCAAUGGUGUCUGAUUAUGGGUUGGCUCCCAGUUUAGGAGGAGUAGAGGGGCCUAGUGUAGUGUCUUAUUUUAGACUCAUUUCAAAGGGCUCUGAAUGAGCUCUAAAAUCCCUGGGCUACAGACAGCCCUCUUGCAACAUUCCAAAAGAACCAGUGCUCUUUAUAAUGCCAGUAGUCGUUUCCUUGAAGUGCAUCGUUUUGCAUAAAUUUCGCUGCAUGCUGCCAACCAAAGUUCAGUGAGUCCCAUGCAAGGUAACCGGUGCAUGGUUAACGUUAUGGCCGAAAAGCCAAUUGUCCAUGCAGAACUCUCGCCAAACAUGUACCAUUCUCCACGAUUUAAAAAUGUAGUGCUAAAGCGAAAUGUGUGACACACUUCCAUAGUUGCGCUGAAAAGCAUAACUGCAUUUAAUAUUUUAUUUUUUUUUUACAUAUGAAUCGAUAUGUGCCACACUUUGUCCCCAUUGGGAUGAGAUAGAUAGGUACGGUGGCUCUGAGCUGAGCAAAAAUUGAAAAAAAUCUGACAUUUAGCGGUGAGAAUAUGCCAUUACAUCGCUGUGAUGUAAGGUCAUUGUGAGACCUUGCAGAGAACAGACCACUAUCUGUAUAUCAUUUCCUCUAAAUCUGUUGUAUAUCUAGCCCAGGGUUCCCCAAUCCCAGUCCAGGAGGGCCGGUCUGCAACAGUUUGCGGAUGUCCCUGCUCAGGCACUCCUACUAAACCUGGCGAUUAGCUGGUGAGCUGAAUAAGGCGUGUUUGAGCACAGAAAUUUGCAAACUGUGUUGCAGACUCGCGCUCCAGGGCUGGAUUUGGGGAACCCUGAUCUAGUCUAAUGUGUGUAUCUUUAAUUUAUUGAUGUUUAACCCAAGUUUAUUUCACGGAGUACGUAGGCAAUGAUGGGACUGCUUUAAGAACCCCACAAGAUCUCCAUCUGUAGGCAUAAUCUCAGGAGAUGAAAAAAAAACAAACUUGUACAUACUUGCAUUCUGAAUGUAUAAAACAGGGGUCUCCAACUCCUGUCCUGGAGAGCUACAGUCCAGUAGGUUUUCUAUCCUACCUGGCUUCUGAUGAGCCACACCUGUUCUCAGGUAAAUACCAGGAGCAGGUGUGGCUCAUCAGAAGCCAAGUAGGAUAGAAAACCUACUGGAUAGUAGCUCUCCAGGACCGGAGUUAUAGACCCCUGGUAUAAAAGCUAUCUGGAAAAUGAGCAGUUUCAGCAUGUCAGCUUUUAAGUGUUGGUUUUUUAGCUUCCGUUUUACGAGGUCCAUGGCAUAUAUACUUUUAUUAAAUAAUCAGUGUGUGUCUUUGAGCAGAUGUAAAGUCAAAUCCAGGCAAACCAGGGCUGUACUGAUUCUGUGGAAUGGUCAAGAAGUGAAUGUUGCUAUAAUCAUAUUAUUUCAAUAUUUAAGUUAAUUUGGGGUUGCCGCUGGUUCUUUUCAUAUUGAAGUUUAAAAGAAAGUCUUUCUGGGACUUGUGAAUCAUUAUUUACAUAUCAGUAAGUGAAUCUGAAUGUACCAAUGGUAUAUGCUGUAUAACAAAAAAACCAAGAUUUAAAUGCAUACAUUUCCAAAGCUGGUUAUUCAUCACCCCACUUUGAAAAGCAUAAUCUAAGGUAGUUCUUGUCCUUGAGAACUGCAGAGUGAGGAUUUUUUUUUCUUUUUCAACUGUUGAAACACUCUUAUUGGUUUAAGUGAUGAAAAUGUUUAAAUAGCACUCCUGGUUAUUCUAAUGUAGAUCAGUAGUUGCAUCAAAAGUAAUUCAAGAAAAUGCAAGGCUUGCCUCAGCUGAUUUUGUCAAACUCGCUGAAAAUUGCUAUUUGACUAGGUACCUUUUUUAGUAAAUGCUCUUUCUACUAUAUAGAGGUUUCAUCUCUAGUGUUGAAGCAUACAGUCCUUGAUUUUAUGACACUGUGCUUUGGGUAUUUACAGCAUAUGUUGUAUCUUGUUUACCCAAGAAUAUGUGCAUCAUUCCCUUUUACAGAAGUUAUUUCACAUGAAGCUUUGUAAUCAGACCAGUGAAAUAUGACCAAAUCUGUAAAAUCUAUCCUGCUCUGUGAACGUUUUUUUCUUAGUAUAAAAUAUAAACCUGUGAAUGAUCUUGUUACUCUUUUAGCCUGUGUAAAAGUAAAUACUACUUAAAUACACUGUAAACUAAAAUAAAGUACUGUAUGGGUAUGCCUUACAUGAUAAAUUGUGCAUAACAAAAGGUUAAAUGCAAAUCUUUUUAUUAAUA